AUGAUCGCACCCCAAGUUACAUACGUAUACCACCGCUUCACCCCCGAAUCAGGCCUUUCACGAAGACUCCACUUCACGGCCGCGCCCAAAAACACCGCACCUCAAGAUCGCAAGCUCACAUCCAACUACAUCUCCACACCGAAUGUAGUCGUCGAUUUGGAGGCAUCAGAAUACGAGGCGAGGGGGGUACUCCAGAUGGAAGGUGGUUGA